UCUGCUUGGAGUGAAGACGCGUAGUAGCAGAGCUGUGCUUUCGGGGAGAGGAGAGGAGAAGAGGAGAGUGAUUUCGUUAUUGACUUUGUUGUGUGUUCGUGUAGAAGAGAGAUAGAGAGGAGAGACUGGCGAUAAAAGCAGUCGCAUCUUUUUUUGUAGGCUACAACUGGUGGUGGUCGCACGACGACGUCUCCGCCGCCCAGGAACUCUUCUCUCAUAUAUUAUAUAUAUAUACUUAUAUAUCGUUGCGUCGUCGUCCCGUUUUGUUCCCCAUGCGGACGAAAGUCGCCCUCGUCGUCGUCGUGGUCGAUUCCGAAGUAGUAGUAGUAGUGCCGUCGAGUGCGCGCCGCCAUGCCUUCUCUUGAUGGCGAGGCAGCAGGAGGUUGUAGCAAUAUGAAUAUGUCCGGGGGAGGAGGGGUGGUGGUGUCGGUGCCGGCCGUGGACGCAGGGACUCUGUGCGACGCCCUACGACAUUCCGAAUUGCUUGUGCUCGACUGCAGGGGCAAUGAAGACUACAGCAGCGGCCACAUCCGCGGCGCCGUGGGCGUAGGCCUGCCGUCCCUCAUGCUGAGGCGCCUGGCGUCGGGGAAACUGAGCCUGCCGCAGGUCGUUCGCCACCUCGCCGACGACGGAGGCGAUAGGCUCGCAAGGCUCUACCAGUGCGUUCCCAUAGUCCUCUAUGAUCACGCCCAUGCUUACAAUCCCCACAGCCCCACCCCCACGCCUUCCCUCAUGACCAUCCUGUGCCGAAAGUUCAACCAAGAAGGGUCGCAGGCCCAUUGCUUGGCGGGAGGCUUCGAGGAGUUCCGUUCGCGAUUCCCCGAGUGGUGCGAGAGCGCGGUGCCCUCUGAUCCUCCCAUCGUCGGUCUCAAGAGCCUUAGAAUAACUUGUCUGGAAGCCGAGGAGGAGGUCGAGGGCGCGUGCGACUCCAGCUUAGGGAGGGACACGCCCCUGGACGACCUCGGGUUCCCGGUGGAGAUCCUUCCUCAUUUAUACCUGGGCAACGCGAAAAAUUCCGGCGAUAGAGACGCCCUCAAUAGACAUAAGAUUCGGUACAUAAUCAACGUGACGCCCAACCUACCCAAUGUGUUCGAAGAGUGUGGUAGUUACAAGUACAUGCAAAUCCCCAUAGCCGACCAUUGGAGCCAAAACCUCGCUUCGUUUUUUCCCAAAGCCAUCCAGUUUAUAGAGGAGGCUCGUGAAGCCGGCGUCGGGGUGUUGGUCCACUGCCUGGCAGGCAUCUCCCGCUCUGUCACCAUCACCGUCGCCUACCUCAUGUACAAGAAGAAGCUCAACCUGGAGGAGGCGUACGAGUACGUCCGCGUGAAGAAGGCCAACAUCGCGCCCAACUUCAACUUCAUGGGCCAACUCCAAGACUUCCAGCAGCAGCUCAACCUGUCGCCCCACAAGUGCCAGUGCGUCUCCUCCUCCGAGUGCCGCUGCCGGCACCUCCAUUUCCUCACGCCCGCCCGCACCUCGCCCGACUCCGGCAUCGAGUUCGACCGGUUCUCAUGAGGGCUGACCCCCGCUGCCUCGACGCCCGUAGGUGGUAGACCACGUCUCGCGCUCGAGUCCCCUCUGCCGAGUGUGGUGAUGCCGCCUGCGGGGGCGGAGGCAACGGCCGCCUCCUCCUCCUCCUCUUUCUCCUCCAGCCUCGCCGCCACCGCCGCCACCUCGCCCUCCGUCUCCGUCGUAUGCUGUUCCGCCAGUCCGUCGUCGUAUUCGUCUUCGACGUCGUCCUUUCCGUCAUGCCUUUGCUUCUCGCUGUCUCCCGCAGCAGCGUCAUCGUCAUCAUCCCUCCUUCAUCACCCUCAUCACCACCAUUUUCAUCACCACCACCACCACCACCAUCUGGGACUGACGAUCGAACGACCCGAGGACGAGGAAGACGAAGGGGAAGGAGGAGGAGGAGGAGGAACAGGAGGAGAUUCGGAGAAGGAACGGGAGGUGGAGGAGGAAGAAAGAAGAAGAGAACAAAAGGAGGAAGAGGACGAAGGAUUAGAAAAGGAAAGAGAGAGAGGCGAAGAGGAGGAGGAGGAGGGAGGAGGAGGAUGAGGUGGGAGGAACGCCAGCCCCACCCCCCACUGGAUUCACCUUCAUUCCGAGAGGAGAGAUUCGUCAUUUCAAUAUAUUCCUCCAAAGUGCCAAAGUGACGAAGGUGAAGAUGGAGAGCUGAUGCUGCCUCGUCUCUCUCUCUCUCUCUCUCUCUCUCUCUCUCUCUCUCUCUCUCUCUCUCUCUCUCUCUCUCUCUCCGUUCGGAGGUGUCCGGACAGACGCCUGGUUGGCUCGCAAGAGUCGUGAACGCUGAGGUGAGAAAAAAAAUAUACAAAAAUGUCAAAAAAAAAAUAAAUGAAACGGAAGAUUGAAACAAGACACAGGAUGAGUAAAGGGAGAAAGUAGAGAAGCAGAAGAAGGAGGAGGAGGAGGAUCCUAUAAAAAUGAUAACCUCUACUACGGUUAUUAUCUCUCACCUUUAAAUUAAAAAUAAAAUAAAAAAUAACGUCCAGGUACAAAUUUAUUCUACGAGUGAUCUCGAUUUUCUUUCUGGGAUUAAAAAAAAAAAAGCUGGAUAGGAAACCCCGUCUUCGUUGGUGGUGGUGGUGGUAUACGUGAGUCAGUCGCCAUCCAUUAUUCGGGAGUGUCGACUGGAGUGUGCAUGGAAAUGAUGGAGUUUCUGGACAGUGAAGUGACAUUUCUUCGAUUUUUUGUACUCCAAUAAAUGCGUUCUUGUGUUCAUAGUUCACGAGAAAGAACAACGUACAGGAAUCCGUACAAUUUAGUAUAUACACUUGAUGAACACAACUCCCCUUUUAUGGCUUCUCCAUCCAUCAUGAUUUUGGAAAAAAAUAAACAUCAACAACAACAUCCUUCUGUCCCCAUUAUGGAAUCCUGAAGCCAGCUCCUUAGCCCUGCCAACUCCCCCCCAAAUCCCUCCUCCCCCUCCCCCUCCCCUCCCCCCACCACACCAGCCGUCGCCCUACGUAUAGACAUUUUUAAAAAAAAAAAGUGAAAAUAUUCACAGGACAAAAAAAAUUGAAAAUGAAAAAAAAAUUAUAGGUGCGGAUGUGAUUUUUUAUAACGUUGCAGAUGAGUCAUUUUUCUUAAUAAAAGAGAAAAAAUAAGACUUGUUGUUAUUAGUGAAAUAUAUAUAUAUAUAGCUGCUGGGUUUCCUAAUCGUCGUGCAUCAUUAGAAGAAGACGGUCGAACUUUCUGCAAACCAGCGAAAGUGAUCUGAAAUUUUCGAGUGGGAAAAAAAAAAGGAAAUUAUCCCACCGGGGAAAAAAAGGAAAUUUUCCCACUGUGGGAAGGAGGGAAAGAAACUGAUUUCAACCACAAUUGUUAUUUAUCGAGGUAUCAUUCAUGUGUGAUCAACUAGAACAAAACAAAAAAUAAAAAUAAGUUCGUUGGGACAUACGAAGUGAUGGUUCGUGAUUGUGAGAAAGUCAGAUGGAGGCGCUGAAUGACCCCCUCAAAAAAAGUGUCAGAGCGCUGGAAGUUUUUUUAAAACUUUUUAUAUAUUACAUAUAUAUAUAUACACAUAUAUAAAAUG